CUAUUUCUGGGUUUGAAGUACCGUCGUGAUCUUCAUGAAUGGACAAAUUUUAAAUUUGAUAUUGUGAACUCUUAGAAGGCAGCAACUUCUUUGUGACAAGAUGAAUAAUACCAACUUCACCUCAGAAGCCAACAUGGCUGUCAAAUUCAAAACAGUGACAGAAAACAUGCUGAUCACCCUGACCCUGUCCCUAAUCACCACCUUGACAAUGCUGCUGAACUCAUCUGUCAUUUCAGCCAUUUGUACAACAAAGAAACUCCACCAGCCUGCCAACUACUUAAUAUGUUCCCUGGCUGUUACAGACUUACUUGUUGCUGUUUUGGUUAUGCCCUUGAGUAUUACAUACAUCGUAAUGGAGAGGUGGACUUUGGGCCAUUUCCUCUGUGAAAUUUGGCUGAGCAUCGACAUGACAUGCUGCACAUGCUCAAUACUUCACCUUUGUGUCAUUGCACUGGAUAGGUACUGGGCAAUCACAGAUGCUAUUGAAUAUGCCCGGAAGAGAACUGCAAAGAGAGCUGGCAUUAUGAUCAUUACUGUGUGGACUAUCUCCAUUUUCAUUUCCAUGCCUCCUUUGUUUUGGAGAAACCAGAGCAGUUACAGCAAUUCCACCGAGUGCCAGAUCCAUCACAACCAUGUUAUCUAUACAAUUUACUCCACGUUUGGAGCAUUCUAUAUCCCUUUGACGCUCAUACUGAUUCUUUAUUACAGAAUCUAUCAUGCUGCCAAGAGUCUUUACCAAAAACGGGGUUCGAGCCGACACCUCAGCAGCAGAAGCACUGACAGCCAAAACUCUUUUGCAAGCUGCAAGCUCACACAGACAUUCUGUGUGUCAGACUUCUCCACCUCUGAUCCCACCACAGAAUUUGACAGAAUGAAUGCUUCAGUGAGGACUCCAACCUCAGACAAUGACCUUGAUUUGGCUGAGGACCGUCAACAGAUCUCCAGUGUACGGGAGCGAAAGGCUGCACGCAUUCUUGGGCUAAUUUUAAGUGCUUUCAUUUUGUCUUGGCUGCCAUUUUUCAUUAAGGAGCUCAUAGUGGGUGUUGGGCUUAUUACUGUAUCUGUAGAACUGGCUCACUUUUUGACAUGGCUGGGUUAUGUGAAUUCUCUUAUAAAUCCUCUCUUGUACACUAGUUUCAAUGAAGAUUUUAAACUUGCCUUUAAAAAGCUUGUUAAGUGUUGGUAACACUCUUAAAACAGCUCUGGAACCCAACAGUGUGACUUAUUGGCCUUAAAUAUGAGAAAAUGAAUUCAACCUAGCAACUCUUCUCCUUUUGAAGGUGGAGGCAUUAAAAGGGGGUUUUGUUUUUGCUUGUCUUUAACCUGUGCAUCUGCCCUACUGUUUUCUACCUCUUUGUGUCAUGAGUACAUGAGCAUCUAUGCCAUGAAUUUCAAAUACAUU